AAUUCAUUUCUGAGUGAUAGAGAUGAUGAUGGAGAGAUUUGUUUUUAUCUCUUUACAUGUGUCAGUACUAGUUGCAUCAGUUCACGAAAUCGCCUCUCAUUUUUGCUUUGCAAAUAAAUCUCUCACGGCUACCUUCCUGAAAUAAACAUUUGUUGGGCCUAGUUGGGUUUCAUCUCCUUGGUUUGUCAAUGUCAGUGCAAUUGACCCGCAAUUGACGUGUCAAAAAACGGGCAUAUUUUGAGAGAAUAAUUAGAACUGAAUAUGGCCGGAGCUGCACUGAAGAGAUUAAUGGCUGAAUAUAAACAGCUAACAGUGAACCCUCCAGAGGGUAUUAUAGCAGGCCCUGUCGAUGAAAAAAAUUUCUUCGAAUGGGAGGCUCUGAUUACGGGUCCAGAAGGUACAUGCUUUGAGGGUGGUGUCUUCCAGACAGAACUGAAGUUUCCCAAUGACUAUCCACUCAACCCUCCUAAGAUGCGAUUCAAGACAGAGAUGUUUCAUCCAAAUAUUUAUAAAGAUGGUCGAGUAUGCAUAUCAAUCCUGCACGCACCUGGCGAUGAUCCUAUGGGAUAUGAAAGCAGUGCUGAGCGAUGGAGUCCUGUACAGAGUGUUGAAAAGAUCCUUCUCUCAGUCGUCAGCAUGCUGGCAGAACCCAACGAUGAAAGUGGAGCAAACGUUGAUGCCUCAAAGAUGUGGAGAGAUGAUCGCGAGAGUUUUAACAGGAUAGCGUACGAUAUUGUAAAGAAAUCACUCAGCAUGUGACGAAGAGACCUGUGGUGAACAAAAAAUCUGUAAAUAGACUCGUCAGCAAUCAUGAACUUGAAUUAGAGAAUUGACUGCCAUGCUUUCUAUGUUUGGAUGAAUGGAAUCGUGACUGUUAUUCAGUGUUGUUUUGUAGUCUCGAGGACUUUGAGCAAGCCUGUACUGUGAAAUGAUCAACGGAGUUGUAUAUCAUGCUGCCUACUAGAACCUGGUGAUUAAUCUACAAGAGCUCUGGGAAUUCCAGUCAGCGGGGUAAUUUAAUUUACAUACCAUCAGAACACAGCUGCAGUGAAGUUAAACUUUACAUCACUCAAAAGACUAAAGGUUGAGGCAACAUUUCAGACCAUGUAGGAUAGGCCAUAUAAACAUAUCUUUGCUAGGCUGUCACAAUCUUGUAUCUCAAAAUCAAUUUUUUUUUAGAGCAGUUAAGAGAAAGCUGAAUGGAAUAUGACAAUGGUGACAACCUCACAUUAUCUGAAAACAGUCUCCUAGUUCAUGUAGAGACCUCUAUCUAGGUAAAAGAAGGUUGCUACUUACAUGUAUGUCUAACUAUUAAAUCAGCAUUUUUCUGAGCUUUCCUUAAAAAAUACAAAAUUUUGAGUUUUACAUGUUAAAUUCCAGCAAUGAUAUGUAUUUACCUCUCAUGAGACAAGUUUCCUUUUAGCCAAACAAAUUUCUUUGGUUCCAAGAAAAUUUGUCAAAAAGCACUAGAGACACCAAAUCCUAAUUCCUAUAAAUCCUGCAUUGCUUGAGAUCUCCAAGCAUUGGGUAUCACGUUUAAUGGGAAAGGCUGUGGUAGAUUUAAGAAGAUAAAAGAAAUUCCCUAGUGUAGGAGUCUUGUGUCCAUUGCAUAAGAACUGGCAUGCCAUCAUUUGCUAUAAUUACUUAAUUGAAGAUCUAAAGAAUCAGAUUUGAAUGCAACAUGCCAUGCAUGCUGCUAAGAGGGACGUAUUGUAAUGGAAGCAGGAAAAUGAAAGUUUCAUAUACAGUGUAGAAUUUUUAUAGCAAACAUUGAGAGCAAGAAGGAUAUUUAAUUAUUUCACUGAUGAAGAAUCAUGAAUUAAAGCCUGCAAUGCAACAUGUAAAUUUUGAUAUAAAAUAUGACUUUUGGCGCAGUCACAUUUUCCCUACAGCGAGUCGAAGACAGUCAUUUUAUAAUUUUUUGGACCAGCUACAUAUAGGUGGUUUGAUAGGACUUUUUACUUCACCUGUAUAUAUUUGCACAGCACACCUAAACCUGGCCAUACACACAUGCCAAAUAAACCUUCUGCAAGAAUCUUCAACCCUGAAGGAGGCAGAUGUAACCUGAAGAAGAAUAAAAAUAAAUUAAACAGCUGUUUUUUACUCUCUGUACAGCCAAUAUGUGACUGCAGCAUAAAUGCAGACCUUUGUUUCUUGAGUAUGUCCUUUUAAUUUUUGUGCAGAUAUGUUGGAUGUCUGUCAUUUUAUCUAUAGAACUUUUUUUCUCAUUGCAGUUCAACAGCUGUACAUCCAUUAUCAUUUCUUUUGAAAUAUUUUCAUGAAAAUGUUAUUUUAUCUUUUACUAUGCAAAGGAAUCAAAUCAUUGAUAUGGUUUAUAUGACUCUGAACGAUUUGAUGGUUGAAAAUGCUGUGAAAAAAAAUCUUCAUAUUCUAAAAGGAAUGGAAGAUUUGAUUUACCAUUGUCAUUGGAAUGAUACAAAUAUCACUUGGAAACAUGAAUAACAUAGUGAUGUUUAGAAUGGCAAGGAUGCCUUGGGUGCUUUCAGAUAUUGUCACUAUUCCAAAUGGGUAGCACUAUCCGCAGCCAGUGACGAUCAAUACUUUGUCAUUCAUACAUUAUUGCCACUUGCAAUAGAUUGCAAGGUCAGGCAAUCAGUAACUUGUCAUUUAGAAGUAAUCACCUCUUGAACUUUGUAGCAAUUUUUAUGAUAAUUGUCCAAGGCAUGUCAGAAUGCAAAUAAUAUUGCACUAUGGAUUGUAGGGCAUAACACGCAAUCCAAGCUCUACCCAGUUAUUAUCAAUGAUUGAUUAGCUCUGAUGGUAGGUGGAAUAACUUUUGAAAAAAGAAACACAAAAGAAAGUAUGGCUAACAAAAUGUACCUCCAUACAGUUCUAUGUAUACAAACAUUCCAAUGCUGUUAAUAUAUUUAGAUGCUACAGCAUUGAAACUACAAGCCUAAUAAAAUUGCCUUUAAAACAUGUAAUUUCUGGUUGUGCAAUUUCAGCAUUAGUUUCUUAUGCUCAUUAUAAUAAUCUUGAAGAUAUAAUAUAUUCCAUGUGUCAAAUAAUUGCCUUUGUUAAAGCAAUUGUUUUUAUUUAUUUCUGAAGACUUAAAUUUCUGCUUAGUCUAUUUACAGACUUCUGUUUCAAGGAGAUUCUACUAUACAUUACCUGCAUAAUUAUCUAAAUCAGAAAAUUGAGUCAUGCCUCUCUUUAUAUUUCUCCUAUAGAUAUGUAAAUCAUAAUAAUCUGUUUAAUGGUAACAAGUUCAUUGGGAUACAUGACUCUCAUAUGAACCCAUAUUAAAAUGCCUUCAUGAUCAGCUUGGUCACUUUGUUUCCUUGCUUACAUAUAUGUAUGGUUCAUGAACAUUUGACCCAUUCUUGUCCCUUUGGAAAAAAAAAUAUUGUCAUUGAUAGGUUUUUACAUGUACGGUAUUGUCUUAAAGCAUUAUUUGCAAAAAUAACAAAAUAUCAAUUUCAUUUGGCAUAUUAUUGGUGGAAGGACAUGCAGCUUUUAUUCAUAAAUAAUAAAUCUAUAGGAUGCUAUUCUGAUAGCCGUAGUUUAGUUAGCUUAGGGUUAACUUAGACCUUGUGGAAGAGCCGUGGUGUAGUGGUUCUGACUCUAGCUUUGAAAACAGAGGGUCUAGGGUCCUUUGGCAAGGCGUUAAUCCACACUUUGCCACUCUCGACCCAGGUGCUAAAUGGGUACCCGAUAGGAUGUGAAAGCCUAUGUAGUAUGCCUAUAUUUUUAGCAAUCAAGUCUUGGAACUCUUGUUGGAAUGCUCUCCAGGGAGUGGAAAAGGUGCAUACAUUGUAAAUUAUGUGGGCAUGCAAAGAUCCGAUGACCAGGGUAAUAAUAUGCUGUAAAGUGCUUUGGGCCAUUAUGGGAAAAGUGAUAUAUAAAAGAUAGCUAUUAUUAUUAUAUACAUUUAUGGAUUGCCAGUUUUAAACUCAUUCUCGAAGUAAACAUUUUUCUAAUCCUACAGCAAACAAAAUGAAAAUAUGAUCUUUACAGAUUAAUUGGUGGUACAUUAUCUUUGCCAUGAUUAUGGAAAAAGUGAUCACCAUUACUCAAUGCCAAUUCUGGGGAACUUUUCUGUUUGGCGUCCGAGCAGCGAUUGGCUGACCGAAAUCAUCAACCAAUCUCUGAGUGGCCGGUGACCGCUCGACAGCCUUUGAUCCAACAAGUUCAAUUUUUGACCUGAAUUGUUCGAGGGCGACUGCUCGAUUGUGUCGGCGCCCGGAUGGCGACCACCCUGGCUUUGAGCGCAUUUAGGGUGGUGAAUGAAAAGUGAGCAGGCGUCGCCAUAAUUUUAACUCGGCGCCAAAUCUCGAGUGAAAACCGAGCGAUGCCCCCAAAACCAGUGGUGCCGGGGCGAAAUUGGCUAAAAACUCGCCGCCCAGUUGCCGAGCAGGCUAAUUUUGAUGGUUAUGACCGUUGCCUAAGCUAACGGGAGCAACAUUUGUCAAUCACCAAGAAGAUAUCUAAUUGAACACUCCUCUGAUUUACAUGUAAACUUAAAAAUGAUUUUAAUACAUGUUACCUUCAUGUGAUUUCAAUAAAUGAAUUUAUGUUUUUUUUUAAUUGCUAUACUUAUGUAAAAUAUAAUAAAUAUUCUUUGUUCAACUCUGUGAAUUCAUUAUGAACUAUUAAAUAAUUACAACUGAA